UUCGUGUCCAAAAGUUAAGAAUAAAUUAACCAUACGAAUUCUGAGAUAAAAGUAUUGUAACAUUUGUAAGCUUCGAAACCCCAUGAUCUUUUCUACGUUAAGCAAGCCGAAAUAGAUACGCCAUUCCAAUUUGUAAUCCCUAAUAUCAAUUUUCACAACACAGAAAGAAAAAAAAAAAAAAAAAAAAAAAAAAAAACACUGGAAACUAAUCCGACCAACUUCUGUACUCUUACUCCCUCCAAAUCUCUAUAAAUAGUUGGAUCAUACACACUCUUCUAAAACACACUCCAAAUCUCUUCGUUUCACUGUAAUUAAUCUGUUUUCAGCAGUUAACAAUGGCUGCCAAGUCCACCAACUUGAUGAUUGUCUCCAUCCUGUUUACCUCUGUAACUCUUUGCUUCUCGCAGAGUAGCAACGGAGGCUUCCUUUCCCCACAGUUCUACGCCCGCUCGUGCCCACAAGCACAGCAAAUAGUAAACUCCGUCGUCACCAAGGCCGUCGCAAGAGAGCCUCGUAUGGCUGCUUCGCUUCUCAGGCUUCAUUUCCACGACUGCUUCGUCCAGGGCUGCGAUGCAUCGCUGCUUUUGGACACCGGCAAUGGCAUAAUCAGUGAAAAGGGAGCUGUUCCUAACAACAACUCCGCUCGUGGAUUCUACGUUGUCGAUGAGAUCAAAUCCGCGGUCGAGAAAGCUUGCCCUCAAACAGUUUCAUGUGCUGACAUCCUAGCUCUUGCUGCUAGAGACUCCACUGUUCUCGCUGGAGGGCCUAGCUGGGAGGUUCUGUUGGGAAGGAGAGAUUCAAGAAAUGCGAGUUUCAACGGCGCCAACAACAACAUUCCUGCUCCCAACAACACAUUCCAGACCAUCCUCUCCUCCUACACUCAAGUAGGCCUCGACAUAGUUGAUCUCGUAGCACUAUCCGGCAGCCACACCAUAGGAUUUGCAAGGUGCACGAGCUUCAAGCAGAGGCUGUACAACCAAUCAGGAAACGGGCAGCCAGAUUUCAGUCUAGAUCAGUCGUAUGCAGCUCGGCUGCGCACGGGAUGCCCCCGGUCUGGCGGUGAUCAGAAUCUGUUUGCGAUGGACUUCAUCAGCCCUGCAAAGUUCGACAACAGCUACUUCAAGAACAUACUCAACUCCAAGGCGAUGUUGAACUCCGAUCAAGUCCUGGCUACGAGGAAUAGAAUGACGUUGGGGCUGGUACAGAAAUAUGCUGCAAACAAUCAGGUUUUCUUUCAGCAGUUCGCCAAGUCUAUGGUGAAGAUGGGAAAUAUAUCUCCACUUACAGGUUCGAGGGGAGAGAUUCGGAAGAACUGCAGAGCUAUAAAUACUUAGAAUCCGGCUUCACUUAUCCUUGCAUACAAGCAAUAAAAACCAUGUAUCCUUCCUUUCUUUCUAUCUUUCCCUUGUAUUCGGCUUUCCUUUAUGUUUGUUAUAUUUCAUAGGGAAGCUUCGUUGUAUAACAUCUCUUCACCUCUACUCGAAUAAUAUAUAGACUUCUUUCUCUUCUUCAUCA